UCACAGAUUCACGAACAUGGCAGCAAACUACUGGGUGUCGACCCAGCGUCGACAUUGGAUGUUCACUCGGGAGCGGCUGGCCGAGGUCAGAGAAAGCCUUCGCGAGAGAGACAAAGAUGGCCAUCAGGUCCAGCUUCCUGACAUGCGCAUCAUCAAUAUAUACUUUAAAGACCAAAUUUGCAGACUUGCCAAGCGGAUGAACUCACGCCAGCAGGCUGUUGCAACAGCCCAAGUAUACAUGAAACGGUUCUACACCAAGGUAGAUUUCCGACACACGAACCCAUACCUAGUCAUGGUCACAGCCUUCUAUCUCGCCUGCAAGAUGGAGGAAUGCCCGCAGCAUAUCCGGUUUAUUACGGGAGAAGCACGGCAGUUCUGGCCCGAAUUUAUUGCCAACGAUCCGGCAAAAAUUGGGGAGUGUGAAUUCUAUUUAAUAUCUGAGAUGAGUUCCCAACUCAUUGUUCAUCAUCCGUACCGUACAGUAUCGGAAUUGAGUGCCGAACUAGAGCUGUCCACCGAGGAAGUUAAUCAAGCAUCAAAUCUUAUAAGCGAUCAUUACCAGACUGAUUUACCUUUGCUAUACCCACCCCAUAUCAUUGCCGUGAUGGCAGUCCUUCUUGCAGUGCUAUUUGGGGGCGGCCAACGCGGGACUCAUGGCUCAAUGCCCCAUUCGAUGGCCGCUUCACUUCGAGAAGGUGGCAUGGGAGCCACCAUGUCUGCGCUCGGCGCAGAUAGACACGGUGCAAGACCAGAUCCGAGGAUCCAAAAAAUAAUCAAUUGGCUUGCUGAAAGUGAUGUCGAUAUAAGGGCAAUCGUCGAAUGCACCCAGGAAAUGGUAUCAUUGUACGAGUUGAUGGAAGGGUUUAAUAUACAACAUGUCAAAGAAGUCAUUACCCGCAUGAUGAAGACGAAAAAUAUAGACAAGUGAGAACUUUAUAAUUCGUUAUUUUCCGUCCCUACAGCCUUUGUACGCAUCAAUAGAUUUCAACCAAGCCGUUUUUGUAAAUGCAAACAAAACCCAAAAUGCCACCAGUGGAUGCGAAAAUCCGAUGCUUUCCACUUUCGCAAAUGCCAAAUUUGUUACCAUGUCUUGUGCUCCAAUAUUAUAUAAUCAGAUGUGAUACUUUCAGCAUCUUCAUCCAAAUGGUUAUUUAAAAAAAAAAACAGAAUAACUAGCAAGA